UGAGGGUAUAUUCUACCAUCGACGGGGCCCGUCCCGGCCAUUUCCCUAAAACUCCUGACAAAAAUAAAUUGUCUUCUUUCCAUAUUUUUAUUAAAUAAAAACAACAAAUAAAUUCUUUUCUGCCUUCAUAAAUCGUCCUAAAAAUUUUUAUAUUUAAAAAUGGACGAGGCUCGUAAUAUGGCACUUCUCUUUUUUGUAGACCAUUUAAUGCUAAAGGGAGGACAACGGACUAUACACGAUUUAAGUUGUCAAUUCGGCGCACGCGGCUUUACAGAAGAAAUGCGUCAGUCUGUCGGUACCACUCAGGAAGGCCUAACAGAGUUUCUCGGGCAAUUUCCAUCUUUAUUUGUUCUAGAUGGGGACCAAGUUAGUUAUUGUUUUUAA